AUGUCUAACUUUGAUGGACCAAGUCAGGGUCUAUCAAAAAGAGGAGGAUUUAGUUAUGGUUCUUCAGGUAGUGGUUCGUCAGGGGGACGCGGAUCAAGUUCAAGAAAUGGAAGAUUUGGACCCAUGCCAAACUGGAGUCAAAAUUCCAAUCAACAAUCAGUUGCCAGCAUAGCUAGGGAUUCUUCACAGCGAAUUGGCUUAGCUUGUCGCAACUGUGGACAAAUUAGACACUUUAUUAGGGACUAUCUACAUUUCGAUCAGAGUGGUGGGCAGAGUCAGAGGACUCGCCUAGGUUGUUACGCUUGUGGACAAGUUGGACACAACAAGAGGAAUUGUCCUAGUCUCCAUCCAAGUGGUCCAACAAUGCAGUAG